CAGGAAAUUGCUGUAUGUACACAAUGGACCUUCGAGGAAGUUAGUAAGAGGAAGAGGAAGAUGACAGAGUAAGGGGAUUGACGUGCUGACUGAGACACCAGACCAGACCACAGCGGGAACAGCGACUGGCUGACGGACAGGACAGCGAGGCAGACAAAGAAGAGGAAGAAUGCCGAGGAGAAAACAGUCGAACCCACAGCCCGUGAAAUUAGACGGUGUGGAUUGUAAUCCAGGAUGCCUGGUUCUGGACAGUGACUUCCUGCUUAGUGGAGAGCUCUGUGAGUUUGGAGACACGGAGAUCAUGGGGCUGGACAGAGACACAGCUAUGACGGUGUUCUCUCUGAGUGAUGAAAGCUCCAGCCUUCCAGCUCCCGAUGACUCCACCUUCCCAGCAUUCCUCUCCUGUAAGGGGUGUGGUCAACUGAUUGGGGCCGACCUUGACCUAGGAGCGGGACUACACUUGGGGGUGGGACUCUACUGCACGACCUGUGAGGAGGACGUCCAAUCAGAAUCUCACACAGCCUUGGAGGACACCUCACAAGGGGAGGAGUCAACCCCAGCCGUCCAAUCCCAUGCGGUGCAAGACAGGAAGAGGAAGAGAAGUAAGGCGGGUGAUGAAGAAGCCUGUAUGAAGGUGUACACAUGCUCUCUGUGUAGUUUCUCCUCUCGCUACUCCAACCAUCUCAAACGCCACAUGAGAACCCAUGAUGGAGAGAAGCCCUACCGCUGUCCCCACUGCCCCUACGCUUCUACACAGAGGGUCAACCUGCAGAGACACACGCGCACACACACCGGGGAGAAGCCCUACCUCUGCAACGCCUGCAACUAUGCCUGUAGUUCCCUGGGGAACCUGCGGAGGCACCAGCGCUCGCACAGCCAGGAACCACGGGCACAACGCGCGCACACACUGAAGAGACGCAGCAGACGAAAACACACACACCGAGGAAACGCUGAAGUUAAGAGCACACAAUCAGAUGCCAUGGUGUCAGACCUGACAGUGUGUAUGAUGGAGGACUCUGAUUUCCUCCAGAACCAAGAGGGGGUAGCCUCUCCCUCCUCCCCCCGUCUCCCCCACUCCGCUCCCCUCCCUGACCUCCUCUUCCCCCUCUGCUGUCGCUCCUGUGGCCUCACCCUGGAGGGAGAAGGAGGAGAGACUGAGGGGGAUUGUGGAGGGCAGGUGUGUAAUAAAUGUUCUGAGUCUCUCAUCUCCAAGAAACCAGGGUCCCCCAGCCCCACUGACACACUCCAGUCAGGGGCCAGCAAGCUGUACCACUGCCCUCUCUGCCCCUUCCUCUCCCUCUACCCCAACCACCUGGCCCGACACGCCCACACCCACAGCGGGGAGAAGCCCCACCGCUGUCCCCAGUGCCCUUACGCCUCGGCCCACCUGGACAACCUGAAACGCCACCUCCGGGUCCACACGGGGGAGAAGCCCUACCGCUGUCCCCAGUGCUCGUACGCCUGCGGGAACCUGGCCAACCUGAGGCGCCAUGAGAGGAUUCACUCUGGAGCCAAGCCGUUCCACUGCUCUGUGUGUGGCUACAGCUGUAACCAGAGUAUGAACCUGAAGAGACACAUGUUGAGACACACGGGGGAGAAGCCCUAUGGCUGUGCUGAGUGUGACUACACUACGGGACACUGGGACAACUACAAACGCCAUCAGCGGAAACACGGACACAACACACACAGCUGGGACAAACACACACACCAGGACACUACAGCAGCAGACAGCGAGGGCUGGAACACACAGGAGAAAACGGAGAAACACACACCACCACAUACCACAGGCCAACACUGGGUUCAAGAGACGGGGAACCAUAGCAAGGGAGAGGUGUAGUCGGGGGGAGGGGGUGUGUGUUUAUUACACUAGUGACCCCCUUCCUCUGUGCUCAGGCCUCAGAAGGGUGGGGCUUAUCUCAGGUGCCUCUAGAGGCGGAGCUACAUGGGCCGCCGUACUGCAUGUGAAUGCUGCACUGACCUUUACCUUGGGCAUUAAAGGGCAUGUGGGCGUGCCAUUAGAGAUUGAUCUUGUUUUUGAAUGGUAACGUUCAGUGGAUUCAAUGUUUAAAAAUUGUUUUGAUUGGAUUGCAGCCCAUUUCACAAUCAGGUUUUGUGUGACUAAUAUUUGUUUUAUUAUAAACUGCAAUGAACCCGAAUUGUGAAAGUACAAAUGUAAUGAUUUAUAUAUGAGUUAUUUUCUUAAUCAUUAUUUCAACAAUGUUUCACAGCUGAGUGCAAGGCUACUCAGAGAAUGGACAGGACCACUGUAAAGGUCUGUCUGCACACGUUGCCUUAUACAGCUCUCCGAUCCCGAAAUAAAGACGGUCAACUGUGAA